UAAUCCGGGCUGUAAUUUCCUGGAAACAGUCGUUGAACGGUCAGAGCCGAUCACUCCGAUUAUCACUUAUCAAUAAUCAUCGGACAGCCCGUCGGUGUUUGUCACCUCCGUGACUCAGACACAGCAGUACCGGCAGUUCAUCACACCGGCCGGAGAACACACAGCGUUAGCUCCCGCUGUUAGCUGUAGCUGCUGUUAGCCCAGCCUAGCCCAGUAGAGUUAGCUCGCUCGGACCCGGAUCGGACUGGACGGGAUCGGAACCGUUUCCACCAUGGGAGCCAACCGCAGUGAGGGAGGCCGGGACUGGCUGGAGCAGGACGGACAGGAUCAGCCGGAGCAGACCCCGAAGCCGUGGAACAUGAUGAUCAAACACAGACAGAUUCACAGACGAGGACGACGCUCACACAUGACAGUCAGCUACACAGAUCCUCAGGUGUCCAUGGACCUGCUGAGGGCGGUGCUUCAGCCCAGCUUCAACGAUGACAUCAUGGCUGUGUUCAGGAAGUACCAGAAGUUCUUUGAGAAGGCAGCGGAGAAUGUGAAGGAGAACAUGGGAGAUGACAUCCAGACUGAUCAGCUGAUCAGAGAGGCCUGCAGGAACGUUCUGGAACAUGCCAAACAGCUGUUUCCAGAGGGGGAAAUGAAGAAGGCGGGGCCAGAGGUCGCCAUCAAGAGGUCCAGACCUCCUGACGAAGACUGCAGUCAGAGAGGAAGUCCCCUCAUCAAGAAGAGAAAAACCCGUCCUGGCGCUGCGCUCGUCUCCUCUGAUCGGCCUCAGACCUUCUCCUCUCAAGUGAAGCCGAAGUCUGAUCCCAUCAAGAGAGAAGGACCAAAGUGGGAUCCGUCCAGACUGAACGACAGCAGCACAUUUGUUCUUGGCUCCAGAGCAAACAAGGCGCUGGGGAUGGGCGGGACCAGAGGACGGAUCUACAUUAAACACGCCGACCUGUUCAAGUAUGCUGCAGAUGCAAAGGACAAGCAGUGGCUGGCAGAGCAACAUCACAUGAGAGCGACAGGAGGGAAGAUGGCCUACCUGCUGAUUGAGGAGGACAUCCAGGAUCUCUCACGCACUGACGAGUACAAGGACUGUCCAGAACUCCGGAUGGACGAGAUGAAGCCGUUCACUGUUCCUCUGUGGAUGGUGGAGAAGAUGCAGAGAGCCAUGGACGCUCAGAGAGACGCUGACCUCUGACCCCCCCCCCCCACACACACACACACACACACACACACACAGGUAGUCUUUAGUAAAAACCUGCCAGAUGUUGGAUAGACAAUGAGCCACUUAGAGGAUAGAUUGAUCAUGUGACCACCAGACUCUGAUCUGAUUGGUUCCUUCCAUAGUUUUUAUUUUUAUUGUUGUUUUUAAAAAAUGAGAUAAAAACUUUCUGACUUGA